GCUGACGACACCCAGCUAAAAUCAUUUAUCAUACUGACAUUGAAUUCUGCUAUGCUGAUAAGUGAUACCACAUUUUAUAACUGUGAGUAAUAUUAUAAAUUACCAGUAUUGACUUACAUAGAAAUAGGUAGCGUCGCCGAAUGCAUUAAAUACAGGUGAUAUCUGAGCGGCAGUAUAUUUCUCAAGAUGAGCGCAAGUUUGAGGUAUCUAGUGGGGCUCUGUUUACUGUUAGCACCCUCCUUUACAGGGGGUGCGCGAAUAUUAGGGAUGUUUCCAACUUCAUCUCCCAGUCAUUACAUACUUGGUGGUGCUUUGAUGAAGGGCCUGGCUGAAGCGGGACACGACGUUACUGUGAUAAGCCCAUUCGUUCACAAACAUCCACCAAAAAAGGGGAAGUGGAGGGAAAUUAUCUUGGAGGGAUUUAUGGAAGAAUUCAAUAAGAAAUUUGAGAGUAUAAACAUGUUUGAAAUGGACUUCAAUCCACUACUAUUCUCUAUAAUGGCUAAUCAAAUGGGUAAUAAGAUAGUGGAAGAAACAUUGAACUAUACCAAAGUACAAGACCUGAUAAAAUCAAAUGAAAAAUUCGACGCUUAUAUUGUGCCGCAAUUCAUGAAUGACGGCUUAAAGGCCCUGGCGCAUCAUUUUGGUGGUCACCUUAUUCUGUUCAGUCAAACGGCGCCUAAUUCUUGGUUCAACCACUUGGUCGGAAACCCGUCCAUGCCUUCGUUCCUCCCAGAGGUCGUGUUAAAUAUCCCAAGCAAAAUGUCAUUCUUUCAAAGACUUCAGAAUACAUUGGUCAAGUUCUUUUCUAUGUCGAACACCUACUUAAUCUUUUACCCUAAACAAAAUAAACUCGUCCAAAAGUAUCUUCCAAAUCCGGUGGAUUUGAAUGACGCGAUGUACAAUAUCUCUUUGGUUUUGCUGAACUCCCAUGUCAGCCUCUUUGCUCCUCAACCUGCGGUUCCAUGUAUGGUGGAAAUUGGGGGAUUCCAUGUGGAACCUCCCAAGAAAUUACCGAAAGACUUACAGUCUUUCUUGGACAAUGCCACGGAGGGUGUUAUCUACUUCAGUAUGGGCUCCAACUUAAAAAGCAAAAACCUUCCCGUAGAAAAGAGGGAGGCCAUCUUGAAAGCUUUUGGUAAAAGGAAAGAAAAGGUGCUGUGGAAGUGGGAAGAUGACGUUUUACCUGGUCAGCCCUCGAACAUUAAACUGGGAAAGUGGUUACCUCAGCAAGACAUUUUAGCUCACCCAAAUGUAAAGUUAUUUAUAACUCAUGGAGGACUAUUAAGUACUACCGAAACUGUGUACCAUGGUGUCCCCAUCAUUGCAAUUCCCAUAUUCGGAGACCAAAAAAUGAACGCUUACAACGCCAAAGAAGCCGGUUAUGGUCUUAUUCUCCCAUUCACAGAAAUGACUGAAGAAACACUAUCUUCAGCUUUAGCGGAGAUUUUGGAAAAUCCAAAGUAUCGAGAAAAUGCAAAGGAAAGGUCAAGAAUCAUGCAUGACAGACAGGUCAAACCUCUGGAUAAUGCGGUAUACUGGGUGGAAUACGUAAUACGCCACAAUGGCGCUAAACAUUUAAGGGUUCCUUAUUUGGAACUGACGUGGUAUCAAUAUUAUUUAUUGGAUGUAUUUCUAUUUAUUUUCGCCGUUAUUUUUACGGUUAUGUUUGUUACUAAAAAGACCUUUUCGUAUCUAUGUCGUAGAGUUCAAAGUAAGACUAAGUUAGAAUAAACGUUGUUUUAUUUUUGUUUAUUGUUAUAGUACCUAUAGCAAAUCUUAGUCAAAUUUAGUUUAAUAAAUAUUUUCACAUAUUAUGUA